UCAGAACGACUGUCGCCCAGUUUAAAACUACCACCGUGUCUUCACUGCGCCUGGAACUGCUCCAUUGUCACCAACGAAGCUGUAAAAGGCAGCGCCCAGUCGCGUCGCGUCGUUCCUCUGAUGUCCGUGAAUACUUCCUGGUCCAAAGGUGUGUGUACACAAAUCAAAGUCAAUUGAGAAUGAAGUCGGAUGGUGAAGUCACAUCAGGGAAAUGCACUUCAACGGACACACACACACUUCUCUAAACUGAGGGACAGAAAAGAGAAGUUUAAUAGCCUAUAUAAUUCAUCCUUCAGUGUUGACGCGUCGCAAACAUGAUACGAACAGAUGAACAUCAUUCGUGCAAUGGAACCCUGAAGUGUCAUUCUGACCAGAAACAACAGGAAAGCAACAGUUUGAAAAAUGGAUAUCACAGAAAAGAAACGGUGCAGAAAAAUGGCAAGGGAGACGGUUUUCAUCAACCUCGAGUUAGGGGUGAGGAUUCAUUUGAGGAGGCCCCCAUGUACGUGGCUGUCCUGACAUACAUGGGUUAUGGAAUCGUCAUCCUAUUUGGCUAUUUCAGGGAUUUCUUAAGAGCUGUUGGCUUAGAGAAGUGCCAUCAGGCCCAGGAGAGAGAAGAGCAAAAGGACUUUGUUCCCCUUUACCAAGAUUUUGAAAACUUUUACAAACGGAACCUGUACAUGAGAGUCAGGGAUAACUGGAACCGGCCUAUAUGCAGUUUACCCGGUCCGGUUUUUGAUGUCAUGGAAAGGGUCUCGGAUGAUUACAACUGGACUUUCAGGUUAACAGGGAAAACCGUUGAGAACGUCAUAAAUAUGGGCUCCUACAACUAUCUGGGUUUUGCUGAAAACAAUGUCGACUUCCUGAAAACCGUAGCAGAGGAGACCAGACAGUACGGGGUGGGCGUCUGCAGCACAAGACAGGAAUUAGGCAACUUUAGCAUCCAUGAGAAACUGGAGCGACUUGUGGCGGAGUUCUUGGGGGUGGAGUCUGCAAUGGCAUUUGGAAUGGGUUUCGCCACCAAUUCCAUGAACAUUCCGGCACUAGUCGGAAAGAGCUGCUUGAUCCUGAGCGAUGAGCUAAAUCACACAUCCCUCAUCCUGGGAGCCAGGUUGUCGGGGGCAACCAUUCGAGUCUUCAAACACAACAACAUGCAGAGUCUAGAAAAGCUGCUGAAGGAGGCGAUUUGCUCAGGUCAACCUCGUACCCAUCGCGCCUGGAAGAAGAUCCUCAUCAUGGUGGAGGGUAUUUACAGUAUGGAAGGCUCUCUAGUCCGGUUGCCGGAGAUCUUAGCAUUAAAGAAGAAGUACAAGGCUUAUCUGUUCCUCGACGAGGCCCACAGCAUUGGGGCCGUGGGGCCCACAGGUCGAGGAGUUACAGAACAUUUUGGGGUGGACCCCAAUGAAGUGGACGUUCUGAUGGGCACCUUCACUAAGAGCUUCGGGGCUACUGGCGGGUAUAUCGCGGGGAAAAAGGAGUUGGUGGAUUAUUUGCGGAGUCACUCUCACAGUGCGGUGUACGCUACUGCCAUGUCCCCACCUGUCGUGGAGCAGAUCAUCAGGGCAAUUAAAUGCAUCAUGGGUGUUGAUGGCACGACCGAAGGCCAGCGAAGAGUUCGGCAGCUGUCUGAGAACAUGUGCUACUUCAGAUCUCGGCUGAAGGAGAUGGGCUUCAUCGUUUACGGCAACCAGGACUCUCCAGUGGUACCGCUCCUGCUCUAUCUACCUGGGAAAGUUGGGGCGUUCUCACGGGCCAUGUUGAAGAGGAAGAUUGGUGUUGUAGUUGUAGGUUUCCCGGCUACACCCAUUACAGAGGCCAGGGCUCGCUUCUGUGUGUCUGCCGCCCACACCAGAGAAAUGCUUGAUAAGGUUCUCCAGAGCCUUGAUGAACUUGGAGACCACAUCAGGGUGAAGUUCUCCCGUCACAGACCUUCUCAUCGGCAGGAGCUGUAUAAUGAAACAGACUUUGAACUGGACAGCUAAUCACUCAUCGUCAUCACCGGGAAUGUGGGAAAAAGGGAGGAUCCGCGACGGCUGUGUUUAUAGAACAUAUAUCAAAAGCUGCUCUAAAUAUAUCAAACAAUUAACUCCCUUAACACUGACCUACAUCAAAACUAGCUGCGGAUAAGAAAUCCCUUGAAGUGGCCCUAUUUUUUCAUCCUGCUGCAAAGAUAGACUGAUGAAAGACCUCCAUUUUGUGCUGGAUUAUGUGUUUGUGUGAUCCACAAGUACAUUGAUUGAAAGAGAUUGAACAAGGUUGGGCGUUUCAGACCCAGCGCAGCUCAUUCACAGUCGUUAAAACAUUCAUGCAUUGCAUCUCGCAGAUCCCAGUCCUGCACAUUUAAGCUGAUAGGCAUUUAUUUGUAUUUUUUGUGCAGGAAACUACUUCUAAUUUUAAAACAGUAAAAAGCUUUUAUGGACUGAUUGUACUUAUAAAUGUUUGCUUGGAAAGUUUAAAAAAGUUUUGUGUCAUUUGUUUGCAUAUUUCGGAUGCAGUACUUCUAUUCAUUUGCAU